AUGAAGAGAAAUAAAAGUGGUGCUGUACCCAUGACUUCCAAGAUGUCUGAGGAAAACUACGAUGCUCCAGCCGCAACAAAGGUUUGCAGAAUCUGCCUCGCAAUGGACACGAAGAUGUAUAAUAUAACUGAAUCAAAACUGGACAUUAUGUUUCAAGAUAUCACUGGAUUGGUUGGCUGGUCAGAAAGACUGCCUCAGCGAGUUUGCUGGGAGUGCGCGGCUAGACUGUCGUCCGCGUACCACUUCAGAGAGAAGGCGCUACGAAGUGAUGAAUUACUGCAGGAAUUAAUACAGCCAUAUUCUUACAUAAAAAUACGCGAUAUAAAGUUAAUAAAUCGGACCAAGUACAAACUGACAUCGAAUUUAAUACACGAAGUAAAUGAAGCUGAUGAUUUCAAUCUACACAUUCAAGAUCGGGAUAUGAUUGAAAUUGAAAGAUUAAGCGUACCCGAAAUUAUUGAAUUCUUACCCGCAGACGCUGUUGAAAUUAUGGACGUCUUACCCGUAAAAACAAGGAAAAAUAGUAGCAUAUUACCUGCAAAAUCUAAAAGAAAUAUCGACAGAUUUCUAUACGCAGAUUCUCAGAAAAAUAUCGACAUAUUACCCGCAAAAUCUACAAAAUGUAUCAAUAUUUUACCAGCAAAAUCUUCAAAUAAUAUCCACAUUCUACCCGCAAUAUCUACAAAAUAUUUCGAUAUUAUGCUCGCAAAUUCCUCUAAAUGUAUCGAAAUUAUACCAGCAAAAUCUAGAAAUAAUGUAGACUUGUUAUCCACAGAAUCUAAAAAAAAUAGAGACGUAUUACCAGCAAAAUCAAAAUCUACAAAAAAUAAUGUCUGCAUUUUACCAACAAUACCUACGAACAAUAUCGACAAUUUACCCGCAACAUCUACAAAUAAUAUUGGCAUCAUACCCGCAAAAUGUACAAAAAAUAUCGACAUUUUACCCACAGACUCUAACGAUAUAGCUGAUUUACCUACAGCUACAAAGAUAGUUGAAAUUAAUGAUGAUAGCUCGGAUAACUUUCCCUUCGACGCAUAUGAACAAUAUGAGCGAUUAGACGAUGAAGAUGAAUAUUUCAGUGAUGUAUCUGUAGAAAAAACAAUAGAGGAAAUACCUAAGGAAAAGAAAAAGCUAUACGCAGUGAAACAAAUUAGUACGGAGGAUGUUGUUCAAACUGAUUUUCCUCCUACUACAAGGGAACAACAUAAAAUCGAGGAAGAUAAAAGAACGAGUACUAAUGGAUUUGACGAGUCCCUAUUUACGAUAAGACCGCUAACGUACGACGAACAAAUUGCUGAGAUCAAUAAGAGGCAGAAAAGCACAAACUACAUUAACUCCAUCUUUAAGUGUGAACUUUGCUAUCGAGGGUUUAUGUCUGAAACAACAUACACCACGCAUGCCCUGAGACAUAGUGAGCAAAGCGGAACAUUCGAGUGUUCUAUAUGUAAGAGGAGGCUGAAAACUAAGAAGGCGCUGCAGAAACAUCUGGCGCUACAUACUCUACAGUACAGCUGUAAUAGCUGUUCAUUUGUCGCUAAAAGUAGGUACGUGGCGAGAGAGCAUCAGAAAUUGCAUGCAGGCCACAAGUACCAGUGCCGACAUUGUCCCAGGCAAUUCACUAAAUCAUCAUCAUAUUUAAGUCAUUUACGACUUAAGCAUGUGUCUGAUAUUGCGUGCGAGAUGUGCGGGUACAUGUUCGUUAGCAAAUAUGGCUUAGAAAUGCACAAAAGGCUGAAACAUUCUCUGAUCGGAAAAGAUGUGACGUUAGACGGGCCUUACUGUCAAAUAUGUGACGUGAAGUUUGCGUCGGAAGAAGCUCAUGACAGACAUCUGAAGUUAUCUGCGAAACAUAGGACCGAACAUGGCUCCAAACCUCCUCGAAAUCAAAUGACAUAUCGCCGUCCCGUCCAAACCCAACACCAGCGCAUUCGAAGAAUUAAUGACUCCAUUCCGAUUAACUGUGAACAGUGUGGUGAAGUACAACGAAAUAUGAUAUCAUACGCUCAACACUUCAGAAGAUUGCAUCCGGAGAAGGUCCGAACCAAGUACCCUACGAUGAAGACCCCUAGUAUGUGUGACCAGUGCGGGAAAAUAUUCGCUAAUAAUAUAUGUUUAGAAUAUCACAAGUGGGUUCACACUGGGGUCAAGAAGUUUCAGUGUGAUCUGUGUAAGAAGAAGUUUACACAAAAGCCAAGUUUGAUGUUUCAUAUGAAAAGCCAUAAAGGUGUGACAUAUGAAUGUUCCAUGUGUGAUAAACAGUUUACACACCCGAAUAAUCGGAAUAGACACGUCAAGUCUGUACACAUCGGUGCAAGGCCUUAUAAAUGUCAUACUUGUAAUAAGUCCUUCACCACGUCCGGAGGAUUGAAGGGUCAUGUUGAACAUGUGCAUCGCAAUGUACCUUGGCCUAAACGUACUAGGCCAAGCAGAGUUAGUAAGAAGAAAUGCGAAGAACCGAGCAUCGAAGAUUGA